AUGAGCGCUUCUGGUUCUUCUCAUUUCGGUGACGAUAUCGUCAUGGUCGACUCCAUACACUACAAUGGAAGCGAGCCACAAACCCCAUCUGCUGGAUCUUUCCAUUCUUCAUCUUUUUCUUCUGAGGAUCAAAAAAAGCAAGUUAUUUCUGAUGAUAAGCCAGCUAUUGUAAAAGAUGAGCAGUCUGUACCAUCUCCUGCUCCUCUUAAACUGUAUAGCCCCACUUCUUCCGAUAAAGAAUUACCACCCCGCGAAAUUAAAACCAUCGCUGUUAUUGGUGCCGGGUUGGUUGGAUGUGUGGCUGCACUUGCUUUCCAAAAGAAAGGCUAUAAGGUCAAGGUCUUUGAAGGCCGACCUGAUGCUAGAACUCCUGAACAACGCGAGAUUUUCUCUUAUCGCUCCAUCAAUAUGGCAGUUUCUGCACGUGGUAUUCUUACCUUAGACUCCAUUGACCAAGACAUGAGCGACAGAGUUCUUCAGAACUUAAUUCCUAUGCAUGGAAGAAUGAUUCAUGAUCUUGCUGGAGAUGAAAUCAGUCAAAAAUAUGGUCUUUAUGGUGAAGCUAUCAACUCUAUUGAUCGUGCUGAUCUUAACCGAAGUCUAUUGGAUGAGCUUGAUAGUUCUAACAUUGAAACUUAUUUUAACCACAAGCUUGUUCAUGCUUCUUUUGAACCCAAAACAAAACUUACUUUUACUGUGGAUUCUGAAAAGCCCAAUGACUCAAAGGAAACAGCUGUAUUUAAUGAUAUUGAUCUGGUAAUUGGUGCAGAUGGUGCUCAUUCCAAGGUCCGUGCUCAGCUCGGGAAGUAUGUUCGCCUUAAUUUCAGCCAAGAAUACAUUGAUUCUGCUUAUGUGGAACUUCGUAUUGAACCAAACAAACCAAAAGAAGAUGACGACCCUGUGACAUUUUAUAACGGGGAUCAAAAGUUUAAACUUGAUAAAAACCAUUUACACAUUUGGCCUCGCCAUGAAUAUAUGCUGAUUGCACUGCCCAAUACCGAUGGUUCAUUUACAUCUACCCUUUUUGCACCAUGGUCUUUACUUGAAAGUUUAGACAGUGAAGAAAAAUGGUUUGAUUUUUUCUGGACCAAUUUCCCCGACAUUUUUGAAAAAAGCCUCAUGACAAAGGAAUCUCUCAUCAAAGCAUACCAUGAAAACCCGCGUGGCUCUUUGGUCUGUGUUCGAUGCUCUCCUUAUAAUUACAAAGACAAGGCCAUUAUUUUAGGAGACGCAGCACACUCCAUGGUGCCAUUUUACGGUCAAGGCAUGAACUGCGGCUUUGAAGACGUGCGCGUUUUAAUGUCUCUUUUGGACAAGCAUCACUUUAGCUUUAAAAAGGCGUUUGAUGAGUAUAGCGCCACUCGCAAUAAGGACCUCAAUGCAAUUGUUGACCUUGCAAUGAGAAAUUACAUUGAGAUGCGCCACAGCGUCAUCAGCAUGUCUUACUUGUUGAGAAAGAAACUUGAUAACUUUCUUUCUAAAACUUUUGGCAAUCAUUGGCUGCCUUUAUAUACCAUGGUUACAUUUCGUCCCGAUAUCUCAUACUCAGAAGCAUUACGUCGUGAAACCCUCCAAGCCAAAAUUGUACACAAUAUUGUCUAUUACUCAACCGGAAUUUUGGCUUUAACUGGUGUUGUCACUGCUAUUCGCAUUAUUCGCAAACUUAAAAUCUUUUCUUAA